AGGAUCUGGAUCUGGAUCUUGGAUAUUACAUGGGGAAUGAACGCGCAUGCGCAUUACAUCCACAGGAAUAAUUAAAGGGUGUGUCCAAAGAGAUCAAUUUUCACAAAUGGCUACUGCUAGCUAGCUGUUUUUUAACAGAUAUUUUCUGAGUAUUGUAGCUAACAAAAAGCUAGCGCUUUAGUGCAAGGCCAACUCAUAUGUUGAAUAGAAAGUUUGUGCGGACAGAUGAUGCUAUGAAAGAUUCUGAAGAGACUGCAACAGCCUUCAAUUGUAUGACAGACACAUGACAAGAGGACUCAGUGAGAGCCAAAUCUAAGCUGACUGGUGUAGACAACAAGAAAUUCAGACUCCAUGGCUGGAACGAGAUCAUCUUCUUUAAGACCUACCUACGGUGAAUUGAUUGACAUCUUUGAAAAAGUUGAGCACAAUGAAGAUUCUCUCAUAUCCGAGUUCAAAAUGCAUUAUCCUAAGUGUCCCAUAGGUCGUCCUGAUCGUUUUUUUGGAACGGUUAAACGUAUAGUAGCUCCAACACAAGAAUCACUGAUUGGUGAACCUAGAAUAAGUGGAUCACCUUUACAAUCUUACAGAAAGAGGGUAUGGCAACCAAGAAUACGAAAUCCAACAGGAUCUGUGCCAGCAGGUGCAGCUGUGUUCCCAAAAAGCCUCAAUAGCUAUGGAUUAAAUCAAGAGCUUCUAGCAACCGUCUUUAAUCAAGUUCUUACUGGAAAACAGCCAAAGUGGCGAUUAAGAGGAAUCCCUGAAAUUCACUUUUAUAAGGAACUCCACCCAUUUUUAAAGAAAUGGUCCGUGUCUUGCAAAUUGACAAAGCAGACAAUUGGCAGAUUCUAUAACUCUAUAGACCCUACCCUAAAUGCCAAAGGAAUUCGACCUGAUAAUGUGUACAGGCUAAUAGAAAGAAUAUCUCGAAGUACACAACCUCCUAAUACCAUGAUGUCAUAUGGAACAUCAGAUAAGUCUACCGUUGAAGUGCAAAUGGAAGCAUCAAGUUGUACGAAACAUGUCGAAGCAAUGAGUUUCGAAUGUAUUCAAUUAAGGGAAAAACUUGAGGUAUCCCACAAGCAGCUGUCUUGUGCUCGAAAGGCACUGCAGAUUAUCACGAAUGAGAAAAUUGAGCUUAAAAAGCAAUGCAAUACUGCCAAAAUUAAAGCUACAAAAAUAAAAUCCAAGUAUGAAGUGUUAGAAGACAAUUUCGCUCAGCUAGAGGAGGAUAACAUUGAACUUUCCACAGCUAUUUCAGAUUUACAAAGUGAGCUUGAGUCUAAUCCUGACGACACAUCCGAUUGUGAUGGGGAUUUCUCAAUACUAACAAAACACGGAAGAAGGUACUCACCCGUUGUCAGGAAGCUUUACUAUACCUUGCUCUCAAAACAAAUUCCCUCAGUGAAGAUAGCCGAUAUAAUUAAGACUGUGAUUAGAUGUUUUUUUCCUGCCAUUGAUGUUGACGGAUUGCAGCUUCCUAAACGGUCAUGUGCUGACUAUAUGCGUAAAUGUGAGCUGGUAACAAUUAGUAACGCACACAAAGCUACAGUUCUGAGUGAGUGCACAUCAGGAUAUCGAUUGAAUACAGAUGGCACUACAAAGAAUCAAAAAAAAAUUGGAGGGGUAGGAAUCAAUGACAUUGUGAUUAGUGUAAAUGAACUACCAGAUGGGACAGCUGCCAGUUCCAUUGAAGAUGUCUCGAGAGAAUUAGAAAAGCUGCGUAAAAUCGCUCAGACUCUCCAUUUACCUAAUGCAGACCAAAUAAAUUGGACUCUUUUCACUGCCUCGAGUUCUGAUAGUGCAUCAACCCAAAAACAUUUCAAUAAAUUGAUAGAAGAAUGCAGACAGAAAGAUGAGCUUAGGUUUGGUGCUGCAACACUAGAAACAGUUGAAAUUGUAGAGUCAUUUUGCUCGAUGCACCUUGGAGUUAAUCUUCGUAAGGCUUUUUUAAGCGGUACCGUCCAAGAAGAUGCUGUUACUGAUUCAAGUAGGAAGUACCACCCAGUUGAUAAAUUUGUACACGAAUUCUGCAAGUUGUUUGGCAAACACGGCACUCCUGAGUAUGGUAGUGGUGCUAACGAUUUCCCAGACUUUCUGGCUCUUAUGAUUAAUGACCAUACUCUAAGUGACGAGUCACGUCAGUAUUUCCAAAUUUGCUCCACAGUGAACCUGCAGCGGCAGGUAGGAAGUCGCUACUUUGUUUCAGCCAGCAAUGCAGCCAGAAUAGUUUUUCUCGCGAAAGCAGCAGUGCAAUUUUUACACUACACAGGGAAAGUGAAUGGUAAUAAGCUUGAAGUGGAAUUGUUUGCUAAACUGAAUAACGUUAAUGAAAUGGCUCAAUUGCGUGCAGAUGCAUUAAUGUAUUACCAUACAUACGCUGAUCUUGUUAUGUUGUCAAAAUCUAAAGAGCUGGCUAAAAGUGUUAUGGACAUGAACAACCAUUAUCUUGAAUUGCUGUGUUUUUUAGGUGACGUUCAGACAUCUCCUGAAAUAGUGUUCGACAAAACGUAUGAAGUGUUUCGAUCCGAAAAAGAAUUGUAUGGUCCUAGUAGUACAGUGAAUCACCGCCACCAUAAAAAUGUUGAAGCUCUUUAUAAUAAGCUAUUCGAAGAGACAGAGGACGACUCAGGUGUCUUGUUGCUGAUUGUCACUGGUGCUGCAAAAAUGAAGGAGAAGCUGUUAACAUAUGCUGGAAAACAAUUACCUUCUGGUGAAUAUUGGAACCCCGAACCAGCAGUGAAGAAAGUGCUAAUGGAGCUUAAACCAAGCAAUGAUUUUUGCGAGUCACUCCUGGGUCUAAACGACUACUUGACAACUGCAAUUCCUAACCUAACUCAAGUCGCAAGGUCAAACCUUGUUCAGGUGAAGAAAAACCACACCUUGCAGUGGCUUGAUAAGCUUCCAGAGAAACAGCAAAGUAAAUUGCUGGAUCUUGCUGUUCAGCAAAAGCCAACGGUGAAUGCUGAACAAAAAUUAGCGCAGAAAGAUAUAAUCGAACAAAGGCAAUCACGUCUGUUUCAAGCAAACAAGAGGAGAGAAGCAUUGAGGAGGAAGGCACAGAAGGAGAAAGAUGAACUUUCAGAACAUCACUUAAUUAGAACAUCGCAAGAACUAAACCAAAUUUUGCUGGAUAUUGAUGCAGAAAGUAUUGCUUUGAAUAAGAAGAAGAGUAAGAAGCUUUCGCUAUUGAAAAUACAGAUUAAUAUCAGGAAAAAAGUAUUGAGGCAAAAGAUUUGUAUUCCACUAAGUCGGGCAAGGAAACAGCGGUGUCUAAGUGAGAUUUUGAACGAUUUAAUACAAUUUCUCGACGACCAUCCUAUAGAAUUCGAACACACAAGCUAUUUGGAAAAUCCUAGCUCUUUGAUUGGUAAACGUAUACGCCACAAAUUUGUAGUUGGUGAUACGAACAUAGUAGAAUGGUACCAUGGUACUAUAGUAAAUUACGAUGCAGUUGAAAAGGAACACAAAAUUCAGUAUGAUAACGAGGAAGAGUUGUGUUCAUUUGAUUUGGUAUUAGACUUACUUAGUGGUGACUUAGAAGUACAAACUGGAUAGUUAUGAUUAUAUAUACAUGUACAUAAUAAUUAUUAAAAUAAAAUUGUAUGCAUUAUUUUUUAUUGUCAACUUAAUUUUGCUUGAAA